AUGCAAUCGCCAACAUCGUCCACAGUGGAGUGUUGCGGCGAGUCCAUCUGCUCGCAGCAGCAUGAGCAAGACUCUCAAAGACCCGAGAACCGCGCAGGGAUCCUCCUUAUCCCCGAGGACCAUCACCAUCACCAAGUCGCCGACAGUCACCUGGCCAGCGCUGGCAUGCUCACGACGAAUACCCGGACCAGCCCCCCAGAGACCAUCGCAUCGAACACUCCCCAUGCAUGUCGAAACCCCCCUCCACAUGCUGUGCAUCACCCCUCGUCAUCGCGUCUUGACUCGUCUGCAAGCUCCGGUGGACAAGAUGUCUUUGAUGAGGAGGAUUUGAGCGACAAUGAAGGCGGCGUGUUUCUCGAACCAGUUCCAUCAGCGACUCGUGCCGACACCGAUUUCAGCUCACAACCAGGUGGUGCCAGUACCGAUGACGGCUACGAGGCUAGCGACGAUCCGAGGUCAACGACGUCGGACUUGGCUGACAUGGAGGCAGACCAAGAUGAAGCUUCUAUUGAUGAGGCCCCUGAUCCCUACCUUGACUUGAACGGUCCAUCGAACAUUGCUUUACAUCUUCAAGCCCUCUACGGCGCCGCUCCUACGAUGGCUACGCCGCAUCACCCGCCUGCGGCAUGGGCUGGCGCAGCCGACAGUCUAGCACAGGCCCCCGUCGUCGUCGAGUCUAUGAGCAUGUCUUCUUGGGAUGACUAUGCGGAUGCUCUGCCGCCUGUUCAGCUUAGCAACCCCAAUCCAACCAUUCCUGGGUCCGAAAACCUCGGUCUCGUCGAUUUUCUCCGGAAUUGGGCGUAUCAGAGCGGCUUUGCACAGGCUUCUUUCGUCCGCCCGCCGCAUCUUCAUCAAGUUCUGGACCAGGCGGGUACCGACGUCUCCGAGGUGAGAUAUUCGGACUUGGGCGGAGACGAGUGUGAUUUUCAAGCCCUAAACUGGUUGGCCAUGGAGACUACCCGAAGCGCUGCCAGGCUGAGACGCCGCCAGACGUACAAGAACUACGUGAACCGAGCGGGAUCCGAUGAGCUGACUCGUCAUGUUGACGAUGCUGGCAUUCCUUCAUGCCAAAGCUUCUUCCGCUUCAGGAAAAUGACGAUCCGCCAGGACGUUCACCUUGCCCACUUCCAGCUUCGUAGUGUCCUCGCUUGCCCGUCAAGAACUCAUGCCUACUAUCCAAGCCCCGUGGGUGUCAACAGGAUCAACACGGUCUCGCGGCAAACCGACUGCGUAAUGAGCAUGCGGGAUUUCCCCGCCAUGGGCGGUGCUAUAUCGACCCUGGACGCAGGAUGCGGGGUGCUGAUGGGCGGCACCUUCAACGGCGAUUAUUGCCUCAAGUCGUUGAACUGCAAUGACAGGACGAGGUUCGUCGAAGGGCAGAUUACGUCCGACUUUAGCGGCAUAACCAAUCACAUCAGACUGUAUCGGCCGAGGCGGUCAGCUGGGCCGGUGGCGGCCAUUGCCAGCAACGACUGCGGGUUUCGGGUAAUGGAUGUCAAUACCGAGCACUUCAUCUCGGAGACGACAUACCCUUGCGCCGUGAAUUGCUCGGCGCUGUCGCCGGAUCAUCGGCUGCGCGUGGUUGUUGGCGACUGCCCCAACGUCUUCAUCACAAACGCGGACACUGGCGAGAUCCUGCAGGAGCUGACGGGACAUCGAGACUACGGCUUCGCAUGCGACUGGUCCGAGGAUGGCUGGACGGUGGCCACUGGGUUUCAGGAUCGUGGAGUCAAGAUUUGGGAUGCGCGCAAGUGGUGCAACUCGAGCGGCGUCAGCACGUCCAUCUGCACGAUCCGAUCCGAGAUGGCCAGUGUGCGCGGUCUGCGCUUCUCGCCGGUAGGAAGUGGGCAUCCCGUUCUGGUAGCCGCCGAGGAGACGGAUUUCGUCAACUUUAUCGACGCGCAGACAUUCUCCUCCAAGCAGACAAUCGACGUGUUUGGGGAGAUUGGCGGGGUUGCCUUUGCCAACGACGGCCAAGACGUGAACAUCUUGUGCUGCGAUACGCACCGAGGCGGGUUGAUGCAAGUGGAACGCUGCGGCCGAGGACCAGGGUCGGUGCGAGACAGCUUGCGCCAGCGAGACUCGUCGCGAGGUCGACGUGUCGGGGAAGACGAGGGCGGCUGCUUUCGAAGUAGGUGGGCUCGCAGUCACGGGCCAGCCUUGCUGGAUGCGCAUCUCGAACCGUUUUGA